CAAAUUGAUUGCUUUUUGUGUUUGGGAAAUCGGAAAUCGGAAAUUUGAAAUUGGGUUUUUGUGGGUUUGUUAUUCUCGUCUCUCUGAAGAUAAGGAUUUUGGUGUUUGUUAAGUAAUUUGGUGUUUUUUGUAUUUGAUCGCAUUCAUGGCUAUGUUUGGUAAAUCCGUGUUUUCUUCUUUGGGAAAGUUCUGUUUUUGGGGAUGAGAUUUUUCUGGGUGUCUGUAUUCAUUGAAUAUUCACAGUUGUUGGACUUGUUUAUAUACCUGUAUCUUUGUUUGGUUUCCCUGAAAGGGGAGACCUUGAAUCUUCUUGCUAAUUGACUCGGCCGAAAGAAUUGAACUUUGCUUAUGUCAUGUCCUGGUUGAAAUUUCCAAGCAAAGAUUUAAAGUCAUAGAUGCAGAGCUGAAGCUACCCAUCAUAUUAUUUGUUUCCACUCCCACUGCUUUGGCCUGGAAUGCUCCCGUACAGAUUGGUUGAAAUUAUAUUUCCGUGUGAAAACUCGGCAGAACGAGCAAAAGAUCUUUGACUGAAAAUGGCUUUGGCUUUUACAAAUCUUUCGUGGUGGUUGUGGAGUGGAAAGCAGAAGGAGCCUAGAAUCUCUAAUGGAACCUGUUUAAAUUCUUCCCCUGAAUCGGGUUUGUGGGAAUCUGAUGCAUUAAAGUUUCCUUCGGUUAAAGGGGCCAAUAUGGCUGCAUCUAGAAAGGUGAAGCGGAAAUGGCAUAGUCGGGAAGAAAGGAAAAUUGAUAGGGAAUAUGAUGGUGUUCUCGUUCCAUCUGAUGGCGAGUGUGUUUCUGGUUCUGAAUCUGAGGACUCGGAUUGGUCAAUUGGAUGGUUGGAGCCUCAUGGACCUGGGUUCCAGAGUGAAGAUGAUGCAGAUGAUAGUUUCGCUGUGCUGGUUCCAUGCUAUGGGCAUGCUAUUCAUGAUAUGGUGGGGAAAUCGAAGAACAAAGAUCAGAAUACUAUUGGGAGCAUCCCAGAUGAGAGCAAGAAAUUUAUGGAAGAGUGGCUCUCUUCCCUAAGGAACAGCUGAUCCCUAAGUAAAGGGGAAAAAGUUGAAAUUGAAAUUGGCCUAGUUAAAAGUGUAGAAGAGGACUGGCCAAAGUUAGUCAAAGCUAGUAUAACUUUGAUCAGCAGAUAUGGCAGACCAUGGAGGACUUGCUUUCUUGCUGUUGCCGUCUUUCUUUGCCGUUCAAAAUUGAUGGUACUGUGUGAAAUAAGUCUACUGAAUAUGACGAAAAGGCAAAAAAAAAAAAAAAAAAAAAAAUUCUGCUUUUGUAAGUUAUUAAAAAAUAUGAAAAAAGGGUAAAGAAAAAAACAAAAGAGAGGAAUGUAUGAAUUUCCUUUGGAUGUGAUUCUUCGAUGUACAUAUGCUGAACGAAUUAGGAGCAGUUUUAUGCUUCAUCCUGAUAUUGUUGUAAAUAGCUUGUGAAUAAUUAAAAAAGAAAAUUGUACAUAGAA